AUGAAGCUCACACAAGAAGAGUUAAAAAGUAUUGUUUUAAUAUAGGCAAAUAUAAGAGGCUUUCUAGUAAGAUAAGAAAUAAGAAGAUAGCUAUUGGAAAUUUAUGAGUACGAAAAAGAGUAAUUAGAAUACCUACAAGGAUAAUAGAUUGGACAGGGUGAGUAUUAUGACUAUUAGUAUAAUUUGAACAGAGAUGCGCAAGAAAAUUAAUCUGGCAAAUAUAUUACAUAAUCCUCUCAUAGUGAAUAUGAAGAGUAAAAGAAAAAAGCUUAUAAUGUGAAAAAGAGCAUAGGUAGUAAAAAUUUAAUUCAAAAUGAUGAGAGUCAAGAGAAUAUUGAGUUUCAAAAAUCAAGUGAAAGCAGUAGUAGUGCAGAAAUAGAAAAAAAAGUUUAAUAGAAGUAUAUGCAAUAAUAAAUUAGCCAGAGAGAAAGGUAAUAAGCUUACGAAUAUCAAUUACAUCCAGUAGAAUUAAAUAAAUAGAAAACAAAGGAAUUUUAAACAGAUAUGAAUAAAAAUUUAAACGGGGCUUGCUUGGUUUCAGGAAAAAAUGAAGCAGAAGCUUUAAAAUUUCCUUAGCUUCAUCCAAUAUUCUCUAACUCAUAAAUGAAAAUGAUGAUGAAUUCUAGAGAUAGUUAAGACGAAGUAAACUUCUAAGAAAGGGUACAUUAAAAUUAAGAAAAGCUUAAAAAUAUUGCAGAGAAAUUAAAAAAGGAAGAAGAAGAAGAGACAGAUCAGUUGUCUUAAGAAAAUCUCAAAAUAAAACUUUACUCACACAGUGCAAACUAUACUAGGAACCAAGAGGAAAGUGAUGAUUAAGAACAAGGCAAAGAAAUUUAACUUUAUGCUCAGUAGAAAAAGGAACAUGUUGAGAAUACCAAAAAUGAUAAAAAUAAAGAUAAUAGUAGAGACUCUCAAAUGAAAUAUCAAAAAGAAAACCAUAAGGAAUAAGAUUUCUUAAACCAAAAAUCUGUAAAUAUUUCAGUUGAAAUCUCUGAGAGCAAUUUGCUUUCAGAAAGGAGACAAAAUCUUUUGCCUAAAUCUAAUUAUAAUAAUCAAAAUAAAAUAUAGAAAAACUCAGGUAAAUAGGCUGUAAACAUCAAUCCUGAUCAAAAUGGAGCAUUUCAGUCAAACAAGGCACUUCAAAACGGAUAGAAUAAGAUGAAUCCAAAUAGAUUUUAUUAGGAUGAGGAAGAAAAUUAUUACAAAAAUUAACAGAUUAAUCAUUAUUAAUAAUAAAAAUAUUAAACUUAUGAGCAAGCAGGCUAUAACCAGAAUAAACAGGAAUUAAAUUAACUAAACAAUAAGUUUUAAAAUAUUAUAUAAGUUAUUGAUCAAUUUAACUACUCUCCAAAUUCUAAUUAGUCUUCCUAAAAUAAUAUCAAAGAAUCUCAUUUUGCAAAAAUAAGCAAUAUUGAAUACAAUUCAUAUCCUUGUGAUUAGUUUUUGUUUGAAGAAAGCUAAAAUUAUGAAAUUUAAUAAAGAUUUGCAGAUGAUAUCUAUCAUCAGCAUCAUUAUCACGAACAUCAUCCUUAGUUAGCUAGUUAUAGCUUACCCUAAGAAAAUAACGAGUUAAUCAUAGAUAAAUCGAUAUAUAUUAAGAAUAUGUAAGUUAUAAAACAAAUGUAAGAUUAGUAAGUUGGACAAGAUUAAUAACAACGCAGUGUAAACCAUGAGAAGAAUAUGAAGAAAAUAAGAAAAAUGAUACACUAAAACUAGAUCCUUAAUAAUAAAAAUCGCAAGAACUUUCUUUAGCUCUCUAAAUAUUCGCUAGAAAGCUUUUAAUCUUCUUAAAUAUUUGGUGAAGGAAGUAAAUAAUAAAUUGAUUCAGAAUUAGAAGUAAAUUUAUUAGAAACGACUUAAUAGCAGAAGCAUAACAAUGGCUAAAUAUUCGAUAUGUCAAGUAAGAGCAAUAGUAUGAUGUCAUCCCGAGUCCCUGAAUCUUAAAAUUAAGAUAGUUCUAAAUAAUUAAAUAAUCCAAAAAAGAGCAAAACAAAUAAUAACAAUUCUUCGACUAGAUCUGAAGGAACUGCAAAUUCUAAUACAUUAGUUAAUAGUCUAAAUAAAAAGCCAAUUAUGUUUGAUUUCGAUAUUUAUAUUCUAGCUGCUACUAAAAUUCAGAAAGUAUUCAAAGGUUAUUUAAGCAGAAAGUUAAUUAUCGAGUUUCGUUAAGUCAAGAAAGCUGCUCUUACUAUAGAGGCUUAGUAUCUUAAGUUUAAGCAAUUUCUUGUUAAAAAGAUGAAGGAUUGUAAUAAUUAAAUUGAAUGUAGUAGUUAUAAUAUAAUAAAAUUAGUUUAGGAUUUUGAAAAGGGUGAAAAAUUUUUAAAAAGCUAAUUUCGUAAAAAAAAUUUUGAUUAGAAAAUAAAAGUUAAUAGAGAUAAACUGUGCAAAGUUUUUAUAAAAUUUAUAAACACUGAUUAAGAAGACGAAAAUUAUUUGUAAGAAGGUGUUAAGGUCACAGUUGAAUAAGAAAACUUGAUACUACAAAAAUAAGUUCUGAAGUUGAAGCAAUACAUAUUACAACAGUAAAGAACUUAUAAAUAAGAACUUGACUAAAUGCAAUCAAAAUAUGAGGAAUUAAGAAAUUUACACAAAGAAACUAUAAAGAAAUAUAUAACUGGAAUCUAGAACCUUAAAAAGAGAGGGAGUAACUAAGAGCUAACGGACUCUAAUUUAUAAGAAUCUUCUUAAUCAUAUUCUAAUUAAAAUGAAAAGUAUCCUAAAUCUAAUAAUAGCAAUCAUUAAAAGUUGCUUUAGCUAUAUAAAGAAGGGGAUAAUGAUUUAAAUAAAUUGAAUUCUUUCAAUAUGAAAAAUAAAGUAGAAAAUCGAAACUACUAUUUGACAGAUUAAAAUAAUAUUUAAAAAAUAAAAAAACACGGAAGUAGUGCUGAUAGCAAGAGAAAAUCUAAUAAAUCACCUGAGAGAAUAUAUUUCUAAAAGUAAUUUGAAGUUUUGACACAUGAGGCGGAGAAAGACUUAGAAGAUUUUGAAAGUUAAAUUAAAAAAAUAAAAUAUGACUUUUAGAGUAACAACAUUAAGUAGUCUUCAACAUCUAAUAAUUCUAAAAAACCAGAUGAAAAAAGAUAAUCAAAGAAUAAGAAUGAAUCAUAAAAUAAAGAAUAGCUAAUUAAUAAAAAAUGUAUAUAAAAGUAGUAGCAGCAAACCUUAAAAUAAAGCUAAAAUUCAAUUCACUAAUAAUAUAUGAGUGACGAGUUUGCUAACUAUAAUAGUAAAUUUAGUAUGAAAAGUCAUUCUAAGUAAUGA